AAGGUUGAAAUCAAGUGAAUAAAACGAAAGUAUAAAAAACAGAGUAAGACACACAUUUAGUUAUAGUUUAUUUAAAUAAAACCAGAAAUUCCGAAAGCAGUAUCCUGCGCAAUCAUUGGUCCUUCGAACCGAAUUUCUGGACAUAAAAAAACUGUAAAAUUUUGUGUAUCGAGGUUCUUAACCUCAAUCACGCGUUGCAAAAAAAGUCUGCUGAAUAUUUGCUGGUUGGUGAGAUGGCUACAGAAACGAAGAAACCCCAAGCGACGAUUGUGACGCUGCGAUCCCGAGCCCAGAUGCGAGCAACAGAAGAGUUUAUUAACGGGUUCAACGAGGAGAAGGCGAAUCAACUGGCAGACUGGUUAUCCAGUUUGGAAGCAGUUUGGAAGGCGUAUGAAGCGGCGCAGUUGAAGCUGUACGAAGAUGAAUCGUACGAGGAAGAUGAUAAGCAGCUGAACGAAUUGUUCGACGCACGGAAUGCGUUUUAUGACAGGUAUUGUGCAGCUAAGGGUUUUAUAACGUCACGUAAAACCAUGGCAGUCUCUGAUCUGGAUGCCACGGAUACGGGGAAAGGCACCAAUCUGGCUAAUUUACGUCUACCUAAGCUGGAUUUGCCAACUUUCGAUGGUAACACGACGGAUUGGCUCAGUUUUAAGGAUCGGUUUGUGUCCAUGAUCGAUGAGUUAGAGGACAUGCCUUCCGUAAUGAAGCUGCAGUUCUUGAUGUCAGUGCUAAAGGGUGAAGUGGCAAAACGUUUCCAGCAUGUGCAGCUUACAGCCGACAAUUACAGCAUAACAUGGCAAGCGCUAUUAGACAGGUGUGAUAACAAACGGGCACUAAAGCGUGAAUAUUUCAAGGCCCUGCAUGCCAUUCUACCGAUGAAGGGCGAGUCGACUGAAGAGUUACGCCGGGUUUUCGAUGAAUUUACUAGGCUGACCCAAGGAAUGAGUGCGUUGAAAGAACCCAUACGACAAUGGGAUACACCGCUGUGCAAUCUGUUGUUCUAUAAGUUGGAUGGUAGAACCUUAUUGGCUUGGGAAGAGUAUACUAGUAAGGAUCAGGAAGAUUUGUAUACCAAGUUGCAAGAGUUUUUACAAAGACGGCUGAGAAUCCUUAGUGAAACAGUUCAAUCGACCUAUGAAGUAUCAAGAUCGAGUGUGGGCAAGGUAGCCGGCGUGAAGCAGCAUAAGGAUAUUGUGUGUGUUAGCACCGUGCCACCCGCUAUCCUCCGCUGUUAUGCAUGUGCACAACAACACUACUUACAUCAAUGUGAAAUGUUUAAAGGAAUGCAAGUAGCUCAACGUGAGGAGGUUAUCACAUCGAAUAAGCUGUGUCGGAAUUGUUUUCGAGUUGGACAUAUAGCCCUGCGAUGUAAUUCGAAAUUUAAAUGCCACAAGUGUCAUCAGCGCCACCACACACUCUUACAUGUCGAUCCGAUUGUGCAAAAUCCAUCUCCAGAUAACAUUUUGGUUGCCGCAACUACUGCCGCAUCGGGAAAUACUAUUGUUUUACUACAAACCGCGUUGGUACAGGUGGUAGAUGAUAAUGGAAAAAUGUUUGAUGCAAGAGCAUUGUUGGACUCUGAUUCGAUGUCCAAUUUCAUAUUGACGGCACUUGCAAAUCGUUUAACUAAUCGCAAAUGUUCUGCUAGCGUAUCUAUUUUAGGUAUUGGCCAACGAAAAAAUCAUAUUCAUGAAGCAGUAGAUGUGAUCGUGGCAUCCAAGACGCAGCGAUUCAGCACAAAGCUAAAUUUUCUCGUUUUAGAUUCACCUACCGCACAGCUUCCCACUAUGGAGGUGAAUACAAAUGAAUGGAAAAUUGAAGGAUUAGUACAAGCCGAUCCAUUCUUUUACAAGCCAGGCAAGAUUGAUCUAGUUAUCGGUGGAGAAGCAUUCUGGGUUAUUCACAUGAACGAACGAAUCGGUGUUGGGUCUGAUAAGCCAGUAUUUGUGAAUACUAAGUUUGGAUGGACAGUUGCUGGAUCGACUUCAGCAACAAGCCAGAAUCGUCACGUGUCAACAAAUGCAGUUGUGCGUCAGGACACGUUAGAAUCGACCGGCGAUUCUGGGAGAUAGAUGCUUUACCAUCCUCAUCCUCGGCUUCAGACGAAGAUCCAUGCGAGACAUUCUUCUCCGAAACUACUUCUCGCAACAACGAAAGAAGAUUAGUGGUUAGAUUGCCGAAAGUAAAAACAUCAAGAAUCAGUCUAGGGGAGUCCAAAAGUAUAGCACAAAGAAGAUUCUUCAACAGCGAACGUAGACUACAGAAGAAUCCUGAGAUAUACGAGCAAUAUCGAAUGUUCGAACUACGGGCAUCAUCAACGGGACUGCUAGCAACCACGACGGCGAAAUGGGUCUUGCUUCCUAUGUGGAAAUAUGGGACACGUUGCUCGAGAUUGCACUCAUCGUACUCAAUCGACGUCAGCUGCCAUCUACCAUAGUGAAGCAAAUCAAAACAAUGUUAUCCACGAACCGAACUAUAAUGAAAGCGCAGUUCAGAUAGAAGCUAUUCAGGAGCCCUAGGAGUUUUGUCAGCGAAGAGCUUGUCCCGACUCUUGCCCAAAAUCCGUGUUUUUCUGGAUUCCGUGGAUUAGGAAAUCAACCUUUGACAUCGCUAGGGCAUGCAGAAGGAAGAAUUCGUUUUCGUGACACUUAUGUUAACCAUUCAUUUAUCAUCAUUCCAAAGAAACAAAUGGCAUGGUCUAUUAUCAUUGGACGGGAUUUAUUUAAAAAAAUUAAUAUUCAUUUGCAUUACAUACGUUACCGUUAUUCCAAACAAAGUUUAAUGAAUUACAAAACCAUAAAUAAAAACGAACUUCAACCAUACAUGAGAGCGCGUCUUGAACAUUUAGAGAUUUUGCGGGGUUUUUGUAAGAAUGGGGAGGAUAUUCAUUCGCAGUCCAUUGGUUCGGUUGAUGAUAAUAAUAUUGCUGUCUGUGAAAAUAUAACCACGAUAUUUAGCGAGUUAUGUGCGAUUGACAUUAGUUCCGAGGAGGCAAAAAUAGAUGUAGGCUCCAAUUUAAACCACGAACAGUCACAGGAAAUAAUUUCUGGGGUAUUUAAUCAUUAUUUGCGAUUGUCAACAGAGUCAAUUACAGAGCCAAUUAGUGUCAUUCAAUGACAAUUAGUGUCACAAAUAGUCACAAAUCCCAUCUAUUGUAAACCAAGGCGAUUUUUUUUUUGCUGAACGAAAUCAAAUUCGAGACAUAGUUCAAGAUCUUUUACAAAAACAGAUAAUACGCCCUAGCAGUUCCCCAUAUGCCUCUGCGUUAGUAUUAGUUCGCAAAAAGAACGGUGAGACUCGUAUGUGUGUCGAUUACCGACCUCUAAAUAAAAACACGAUACGGGAUAACUACCCUUUACCGUUAAUCGACACGUGUCUUGAACAUCUUAGCAAUAAGAAGGUUUUUACUCUCUUUGAUUUAAAGAGCGGAUUCCAUCAAGUUAGAAUGCAUGAGGACUCCAUUAAAUAUACGUCUUUUGUUACACCAGAUGGGCAAUAUGAGUAUGUGAGAAUGCCAUUUGGAUUGAAAAAUGCUCAUUCACAAUUCCAACGGUUUAUUAAUUCAGUUUUGCGAGAGUAUAUAGAUGAAAGGAAACUUGUAGUUUAUUUGGACGACAUAAUUAUUGCGUCAAAAAAUAUAGACGAACACGUAGCAACACUUAAUAGCGUUUUGCGAACGAUAAAGAAAUACGGGCUUGAACUGCGUUUGGAUAAAUGCAAAUUUGGUCAUAGUGAUCUGGAAUAUUUAGGGUACCAUGUGAAUUCUAAGGGCGACUGAAGAGAGACUGAAUUGCAUUGUGAUGCGAGUUCAAUAGGAUUUGG